AUGGCGGCACGGCGGGGUGUCACCCGUUCUAAAGACCACGGGACACCAUUGAAUGGGAGCACUAGUUUUCAUGACCCCGCUGACCACCAGGGAUUUCCUUCACAGCCUCAGCAGCCUCAUCUGUUAAAAAAAUUAAACUGCUGGUAUCGACACUUAGUGUCUCGUGUCCGGGUGGCAACUGGCCUGCCACCCGGACGCAAGACUCAGAAACCGGACUGUCUGGGUGAAUCCCGGACAGGUGGCAACCCUACUCAGAGUCUGCGUCAGGGUGAUGUAAGCUACGGGCGUCCCAUGGCGGCCUCUUCCUCCUCCCAAGGGUCAGUCACUGGUAUCCUGGGAAAGAGACCACAGACACCUGGGGAUCUUAUCCUAUAUUCUCUAGAGGAUCUCAAAGGAUAUGAUUUCAAGAGAUUUAAGGACAAAUUGUCUGAUUUCUCCUACGGAGAUAAAGUUCCCAUUCCCCGAGGACAACUAGAACAUGCGGACUGGAUCUCCACCAAGAAUCUCCUGACAGAAACAUAUGGAGAGGAGGGAGCCUUGGAUGUCAUGACUGAAGUCUUCACCCUCAUGGAUCUGCUGGGACCUGCAAAACACCUCCGGGAAAGGAGAGCGCAAAAUGAGUGGAAAAAAGAAUACAUGGAGUCCAUGAAGGAGGAUUUCCAACGGAUUAAAGAAUAUAACUCCCGUAGAGGAGAGGCUGUUAACCUACAGAAAAGAUACACCAAGUUACUACUGAUAAAGGAACCUCGAAAUAUAGAAGACAAGGUGGAUGAGAUGAGUUAUUCAGGCAGAACACACCAGCGGAUCAUGGAGAAAAGAUCUUGCGAUGAAUAUUCCCCAACCACAAUCCAGACCCUGUUUGAUCCUGAUCAAGAGGAUUUCGUCCCAAAGGUUGUGGUGCUACAAGGACCUGCUGGGAUUGGGAAAACUAUGACCUCCAGGAUGAUCAUGCUGGACUGGGCCUCUGGGAACCUCUACACAGACAAGUUUGACUUUGUGUUUCAUCUGAGCUGUAGAGAACUCAACACCAUCUCUAAAAACCUAAACCUUGUUGGACUUUUAUCCAGAACAUGCAAACUGGAGAAUUCCGAUGACCUGGUGUCUAUUCUGAAGGAUCCUGGAAGUCAUAAAAAACUUCUCUUUAUAGUUGAUGGUUUCGAUGAAUUGAGGUGGACUCUGGAGGAGGAAUCUGAGGUUUGUCAUGACAUUUCUGAGGAAACUGAUAAGGAAAUACUUCUCCAAAGACUGCUGAGGAAACAGCUUCUGAAACAAUCUUCUCUGAUCAUCACCACGAGGUCACUGGCCCUGGAGAAGCUCAACACAUUUGUUGAUGAUUCUCGCUAUGUGGAAGUCCUGGGCUUUACAGGGGAAGAACGCGUGGAAUAUUUCCACGGCUUCUUUAAAAAUGAAGGUGAUGCAGACAAGGCUCUUAGCAUUAUAAAAGACAAUGAUGUCCUGUACACCAUGUGCGCUGUCCCCAUCGUAUGCUGGAUCGUGUGCACUGUAUUGAAACCGCAAAUAAAACAGGACGUGGACUUACUGCAGUAUAAAACAGCCACCUCUGUCUAUCUCCUCUACCUGAAGGGUCUAAUAAAGUACCAUGGUAGGAACCAGCCAGCACAAACCUGCUUGAAGAAACUGUGUGCUCUGGCAAAUGAGGGAGUCUUAAACCAACAAAUCUUGUUUGAGGAAGAGGAACUAGAAAGACACGGGCUUUCUUUGUUGGAGAUCGAGUCUGUAUUUCUGAACGAGAAUGUUUUUCACCUGGACAUCGAAACCAAGACCUACUACGGCUUCAUCCACCUGAGUGUCCAAGAGUUCUUUGCCGCUCUGUAUUACGCGCUAGAUAAUGGUUGUGGAAAUGAGGAAGACACUAUCCUUCCAGAGAUCUGUCAAGAGGACUCACUUUCAGCAAUGUGUGGAGAAUCUCCUCAUUUACUGUUGGCUGUGCGGUUUCUGUUCGGGCUCUUCAAUGAAAAGGGGACCGAGGAAUUCUCGAAAAGCACGGGCAUCCGUGUUUCACUCCGAGCAAAGUCUGCAGUCGAAAAAUGGAUUACAGGAGACGAUCCUUUGGCUUUCUCCACCGAGGGCAUUUUCUGUCUGUACGAGACACAGAACGAGGACUUCAUAAGGAGAACCAUGUCUCGUUCUGCAUGUUUGGAAAUAGAAAGCAGAAAUUAUUCACAAUAUUGGGACGGUGAAGACCUUCUGACGGUUGACAAAAUGCUUCACGGUUUAGAAUGUGUGAACUCUCAGGCAGAAGGCGAGGUCACCAUUUCAGAUGACGGAGAGUCGCCGAAUCUUUCCUGGUUGAUUAACCCGCGGAGUGAAAUGCAAGAGUUAUCGUUGUACAGCUGCGAUCUGACCAGCUCGUCUUGCGAUUGCAUCUGCUCAAUUAUGAGUACAAACAAGCUGCUCACCAGCCUUGAUCUAACAUACAACAUCCUAGAGGCCACUGGUGUAAAAAUUCUCUGUGAAGGACUCAGAGAUCCGGGAUGCAUCCUGCAAGAGCUAAGCCUCUGUGGUUGUGAUCUGUCUCCUUCAUGCUGCGAUGACCUCCGCUCUGUUCUCAUCACAAACCGAUCUCUCAUAAAACUGGAUUUAUCAUUUAACAAUCUGGAAGACUCUGGAGUAAAAGUGCUGUGUGAUGGAAUCAGAGAUCCGGGCUGUAACCUGCAGACGUUUAUAUUUGAUGAUUGUCAAGCAACGUUAUCAUCCUGUGAUGAUCUCCGCUCAGUUAUCACUACAAAUCCAACUCUGACCAAACUCGAUACAAGGCUGAAUAUUAAUGUGGAGGAGUCCGAGUCGGAAGUGGAUCAUUGGUGCACGGUCCUUCGAGAGCGGGAAGUGUAA